AUGUCUGACAUUCUUGCAGUGAUUCGGUAUGGCUAUGGAAGGCACUUCACCUCCAUUGAGGGCGACACAGAGAAGAUUGCAACUUUCUUAAAGUUGGACUUUGUCACUGGAGUUUCUUAUCUCGUCUCCUUGACAUCGAUCAAGAUAUCCUUCUGCCUACUAUACCUAAAGGUGUUCAAAACGACUCGUCUACGAUGGCUAUAUUAUUUGGUCAUGGCAUUCGUGGUCUGCGAAUUCAUUGAAGAACUGUUCGUCUUUACAUUCCAAUGUUCUCCUCCCAGCAAGUACUUCUACCCUAACAGGCCGGGCGUCUGUAUGGAUCUUUACGUUUUCUAUCACGUUUCAUUCGCCAUAAAGCUGGUCACCGACAUUGUCUUGUUUCUUUUGCCUAUUCCGCAAUUGUUGAAGCUUCAGACCUCUACCUGGAUCAAGGCAGGUCUGAUUGUGAUGUUUGGGCUGGGAUUAUUGUGA